AAAAUGUGUUCAAAAAAAUUGAGAUUAAGUGAUGGAAGAAACUUAGCUUACAAAGAGAGAGGUGUUGCUAAGGAGAAAUCCAAUUAUAGAAUAAUCAUUGUUCAUGGCUUUAAUAGCUCCAAAGAAAGUGAAUUUCUUGCACCCCAGGAAAUGAUGAACAAAAUGGGGAUAUAUGUAGUACAAUAUGAUAGAGCUGGAUAUGGGGAAAGUGACCCAAACCCAAAAAGAUCCCAAAGGAGUGAAGCAUGUGAUAUUGAAGAAUUGGCUGAUCACUUACAAUUAGGAUCAAAAUUUUAUAUUAUUAGUAACUCCAUGGGAUCUUACCCAACUUGGAGUUGCAUCAAGCACAUUUCCCAAAGGUUAGCAGGUGUGGCAUUUGUUGUCCCCAUUGUAAAUUACCAAUGGCCAUCUCUUCCUCUCAAUCUUAUUGAGGAUGAUAAAAGGAAAAAAAAUUAUUGGUGGAUGAUGUUUCUUGCUAGAUAUGUUCCUAGAUCAUUGCUACAUUGGUUAGUAAUUGCAAAAUCAUCCACAUCUUCUUCAACCAAGAAUGUACCUGAAUUUGAAAUGGAAAAACUAAGGAGUAGAAGUGAUUUUGACAACCUUUGCAAUGAUUUCCUUGUGGCUUUUAGUAAGUGGGAUUUUGAUCCAUUGGAGCUAAUUAGUUGUCCUAUUCUUGAAAAUGGUCAAACUCUUAAAAAGUUUGUUGAUAUAAAUAAAAAGUCAUACUGGACUGCCCUCUCCAAGCUAGGAGUUGGUCCAUGUGACCUGGGCGAAGGCCUAGAUUUCAUGGAUCCUAGAGUGGAGGAGACUGCGUCAGGCUGGCUUCACAGAGCAACGAUUGCCUCCCGCUCUUCCCGCUCUUCGCAAUGA